AUGUGGUGUUUUGGAUUUGUUACCAUGAUGGAUUUUAAGUCUAUAGCUUUGAUAUGCGCUUUAUUUUCAUAUCUUACCAAUGUGGAUGCCUAUUUCAUCACAGUAGACGCACAUGCAGAAGAAUGUUUCUUCGAUAAAGUAGAAACAGGCACCAAGAUGGGUCUAAUGUUUGAAAUAGCAGAAGGAGGUUUUCUUGAUAUAGAUGUUAAAAUUGUCGGUCCGGAGGGUAAAGUUAUCCACCAGGGUGAACGAGAAACCAGUGGCAAGUACACCUUUGCCGCCCACACCUCCGGAGUUUACACCUAUUGCUUUAGUAACCAGAUGUCAACAAUGACGCCCAAAGUUGUUAUGUUCAAUAUGGAAAUUGGCGAUACACCCAAGGAAGAUGUUGCAACUGAUGAAGGUCACAAAAACCAACUAGAGCAAAUGAUUAAGGAAUUAUCAUCAUCCUUAACGAAUGUAAAGCAUGAGCAGGAGUACAUGCAAGUCAGAGACCGAAUCCAUAGGUCUAUCAAUGAGAGCACUAACAGCCGAGUAGUUAUGUGGGCAUUCUUUGAAGCAAUGGUACUCAUUGUAAUGACGGUAGGACAAGUGUACUACCUGAAACGAUUCUUUGAAGUCCGAAGGGUUGUUUGAAAAGUCGUGAUAACAUUUAUGAAAUUAACUCAAAGGACAUUUUUUAACUUCACCUGAGAUGAUUUUAUCAAAAUCCUAACACUCUUAACUCGAGACUGUGUUAAUAUAUUUACAAAAUAAGGGUGAAAAUUUGGUGUAAAUUAUUGUCUUUGUGUGAUUGUUCUGAAGUAUUGUGGAUGCUAUGUGAGGUUGUGUUGUGUAUCAUGUACAUUUUUAUGUCAGUCAUUUUGUAUUUAUGGUUAAGUGUGAAGAUUGUGUUCAAAUUUCAAAUGUAAAGGUUAUCAUUUUUUGUUGAUUUUCUUUUUUGGUUUUUCCCCAUUUGCUUUUGCCUUGUGUUGUCUCAUAUCCAUUUUUCAUUCAGUCUGUCAUUACUUUAGAGAGUAUAUGCAAGAAAUAGCUACAAUACCAUCCAAAAGCAGCUGUAGUGAUGUAAAUAAGGAUGUCGAAAGGAAUCUGCCUUUUAAGUGCUUAAGUGAUGCAGAUGUCAGUGCAUCAUUUUUUUCAACUUCUGGCUUUGCUUUGCACAUAAUUUAUUUCUGAUGUUUUACCUUUUGACAGACUGCUUUAGACAUAACAUUUUAAAAAAAUUGAAAUUGACAUGUAUCUUUCUAUGGUAGAGAAGUCAAGAUGUGUGUGACUGAUCUGUGAACUUGUAUCCAUAGUUUCAAUUAAAAGGCCCCAUGUUUCUUUACUUGAAGGCUCUUGUGUUCUUGGUUUCUUCUGUUCAUCAACUAUGGUGGGGUGUUUAGCCUUAAGAUUAUGAGUGCAAAUUGAAAUUCUAUUGGUUAUAA